AUGCAAAAGGAUAGGGAUGUGGUGGUCCUAGCAUGGAGGUUCUAUGCCGAGUUCUACCAAGCCAACAUUGGUAGCAUUGUUCCUUACUUCCAAUUGAGAACGAACCACCUCAUCAAAUGGACUAGACCACUAACAAACGUGAUCAAGAUUAAUGUGGAUGGAGUCUUUAGCGCUCACAAUGCUUCUGUAGCUUUUGGUGUAGUGGCGUGCGAUAGUAAUGGUAUGGUGGUGGGCGGUCUAGCUAGAAUGAUUGAUCCCCCUCGUACUGCUGAAUCUACUGAAGCAAUGGCCUUUAUUCACGGACUUGGAUUCACAGUGGGCAACGAGUGGCGUAAAGCAAUAAUAGAAAGGGAUGCUAUUUCUAUCGUGAAUAUGCUGGCAAACUGGAAGGAAGAUAUUUCCACCAUCGGAUUGUUACUCAACGAAUCUCAAAAGAUCAUCAAGAGCAAUUGUAACCUUAAGGUAUUUUAUGUCAAUAGGGUUGCUCACAGAGUUGCAUAUUCCAAUGGGCUUUGUUGA